AUGGCAAAGAAGCACUUUGUUCCCCUCGAGAGCAACCCGGAGGUGCUCACAUCCUUUGCAGCAAAUCUAGGAGCAGACGUGUCCAACUUCCAGUUCACCGAUGUCUGGGGCCUGGACCCGGAUCUGCUCGCCAUGGUCCCGCGCCCCGUCCUUGCCGUCAUCCUCCUGUUUCCCAUGGAGGCAGCGCCCUCCUCUCGCGGAGCAGCCCCUGAGGCAGGCAAGAGGCGUGAUGAUUUCGCGCUGCAAUCGUUGUGGUACACGAAGCAGACGAUAGGGAACGCAUGCGGCACAAUCGCCGUGCUGCACGCCCUCCUGAACAACACCGAGGAUGUGGCUCUCGCGCCAGGCUCCUUCCUGGCGCGAUUUAGGGAGGCCACAGCGGCAAAGACACCGGCGGAGCGGGCAGCCUACCUCGAGGACCCCCCGGAUGCCAGCGUCGACAUCACCUCCAGCCAUGCGGCCGCCGCCCAGGCCGGCAGCACCGCCGCCCCGGAAGCGACGGCCGACAUCGACUUGCACUUCGUGACGUUCGUGGAGCAUGGGGGCCGCCUCUACGAGCUGGAUGGGCGCCGGGAGGGGCCGGUGGACCACGGCGCCUCCAGCCGGGACGGGCUGCUCGCCGACACAGCGGCCGUGGUGCGCCGGGUGUACCUUUCCUCCAGCGACUCCCUGAGCUUCAACCUGAUCGCGCUGGCCGCUGCGGCAUGA